AUGUGGAUAUUUCUAUACUUGUUACAUUAUCCCGUAUUUGAGAUAUUACAUCAAAGUGUGGCAACAAGUGUGUCACGCCCGUGCCGUUUACCUCCUGAAUAUAAUCAAAUGCCAGAUUUUGCAAAGGAAAAAUUGCGAAGUAUCUGUUUUAUUGGAGAGAUAAUAAUGCAAAUGCAUAGGCAAAAUUACAAAUCUGGAAAAAGCUGCGUUGCGGAACAGAUUGCUACUGAUGUUGUCCUUACAGCUGUUAAUAUUUUUCCUGCAAAACAUCAGCAUAAAGAAACAUUUGAACUCCCAGAAUUUUUAAAUGAUGCAAGUAAAGAUAUUAUCAAUAAUUUUACUAAAGUAUGGAACGAUGCAGACAUUCCAUCUGAGGGCUUACGCGAAGAGAUGAUUCAUCUGCUCGCUGUAUCAUUGCUAACUACAAAACAGCUUACUGCUUACAACCAAUAUACGAAAGAACGCCGACGCUGCCAACGACAGUUACUAUUUCAUAUACGGCAAAUGUCUAAUGAAGCACGAAAAGCACUGAAUAUUCUUGCUUACGCGGAGCCUAAUGAGCGAUUUGGGAUUGCCAAAAAUUUCCCACGCAGUAUUCGUCAUGAGCUAAGGAAUUUCGCUAGACGAAGAUCAGAAAAGUGUAUUUGA